AUGCCGUGUACUGAAGACGAGUGGAGGAAGGUAGCUAAGGAGUUUGAAAACUCCUGGAAUUAUCCACACUGUAUUGAAGCUUGUGACGGAAAACACAUUGUAAUUCAAAGCCCAAAAAACAGUGGCAGCAUGUUUUUUAAUUACAAAGGAACAUUCAGCAUUGUCCUACCGAUCGUCAUCCUGCGUCGCAACACCUUGCAAGUUCAUAUUAUGAAACCUUUUUCUGGUUAUCAGGAAAAAAGCUCUUCGAAAAGAAUAUACAAUUAUAGACAUUCUCUUGCUCGUAGAGUAGUGGAAAACGCUUUUGGCUUAUUAGCAUCAGUGUUUCGUGUGUUCAGAAAACCACUUAUGUUAAAUGUGGAAAUGCUGAGAUAA